UCUGUUAUCAGCAAUCAGUUUCUGACAGGUUUCUGAUGAUGGGAUUGCGAAUUGCCCGUUCCGUAGAUGUGAUUCAUGUUUCUAAAGUUUUUUAAACUAUUUUAGCCUUUAUAUUUAUUUUUGAUUACAUGUUAUUACAUUUUACAUUGUUAAGCGAUUUAUCACACCUUUUAGGAGACAAGAAUAUUUGGAACUGGAUGUCGUAUAUAUUAACUUAAUUAAUUAUAUAUAAUUAUAACAGUAUAUUCAGUAACACUAAUUUAAAAGGGAUUGGCAUUGCAGGUUUUAGUGCUUCUAAAUGGCCUAAAGAACUUAUCUAAAAAAACUUGUUUCAUUUUGUGGCAACUUGAAAUGGAGAGAAUAUGGAGAGUUUUAACUCGUAAAAAGGCAAUAGAUCCUGUUAAUGCAGAAGAGACACGUUUAAAUCGUGUUUUGAAUACGUUUGACCUAACUGCCUUAGGAAUUGGAAGCACAUUAGGUGUAGGGGUGUAUGUGCUCGCUGGUCAAGUAGCUAAAGAUACUGCCGGCCCUUCUGUUAUUUUAAGUUUUUUCAUUGCUGCUGUUACUUCUGUGUUUGCAGGAUUGUGCUAUGCGGAGUUUGGAGCUAGAGCACCAAGGGCAGGCUCUGCCUAUAUCUACAGCUAUGUUUGUGUUGGAGAGUUCAUAGCAUUUGUUAUAGGAUGGAACUUGAUAUUGGAAUACGUAAUCGGCGCGGCUAGUGUUGCUCGAGGACUUAGUCUUUAUCUAGACACACUGGUUAACGGUACAAUACAGGAUACAUUUAGACAUAUUGCGCCAAUUAAUGUGGAAUAUAUGUCAGAAUACUUUGACUUUUUAUCGUUUGGUCUGUCAAUACUUUUGGCAGUUGCUUUGGCAUUUGGAAUGAAGGAAAGCAGCAUGGGUAAUAAUAUUGUAACAGUGUUAAAUAUAUUCAUUGUUUUAUUUAUAAUAGUUGCUGGUUCUUUAAAAGCGGACAUUUCUAAUUGGAAUGUAUCUCCAAAUUCUACAAAUACAACAGCAAAUAUUGGAAAUGGUGGGUUCUUUCCUUUUGGAAUUGAAGGCAUGAUCAAAGGUGCUGCUACUUGUUUUUACGGUUUUGUUGGAUUUGAUUGCAUAGCAACAACUGGCGAGGAAGUAAUGAAUCCUAGAAAAGCAAUCCCUGUUUCAAUAAUUGUGUCUCUGUUUAUAAUUUUUUGUGCUUAUUUUGGAACAGCUACUGUUUUAACGUUGAUGGUUCCAUAUUAUUUACAGGAUCAUGAUGCGCCUAUUCCAAGAGCUUUUGAAAUGGUUGGUUGGGAUUGGGCAAAAUGGGUUGUAGCUAUUGGAGCGCUAUGCGGUUUAUGUGCAAGUCUUUUUGGAGCCAUGUUUCCUUUACCGCGAGUAAUUUAUGCUAUGGGCAGUGAUGGACUGGUGUUUAAAUUUUUGGCAAAGGUGCAUCCAAAGUUUCAAACUCCAGUAAUAGGGACAAUAUUUGCGGGAAUAUUGACAGGACUAAUGUCUGCGCUCUUUAACCUUAACCAAUUAGUAAAUAUGAUGUCAAUUGGGACAUUGCUAGCAUAUACUAUAGUUGCUGCUAGUGUAUUGCUUUUAAGAUAUAAAGAAGACGUUAAAAAGGUAUACACCGCCGUUAGAGUAUCGUCAGAUACGGAGAGUACUAAUAGCGAGAGUAGUGACGUUGAAAAAUAUGAUGACGACGUUAUAAGACAAAAUUUUGACGGGCCAAGCACCAGUGACGAAACUGAACUUAUUAAUAAUGAACAAGCAGGCUGUUGUAAUUCACUCUUCUACAUUUUUAAUUAUAAGAGUAAGGAACCAAGCAAAAUUACAGAGAAUAUUGUAGCCGUGGAAGUAUUUUUAUAUUGUAUUCUCUGUGUAUGCAUAGGAUUAUGUGUUAUAUAUUUGAAAUCGCCAAUAAUCAAAGGAGAAAUAUGGGCGAUAGCAAUUUCCUCUGUUGUUGUUGGUAUAACUGUAUUAUUAAUUAUAUCUAUUUCAACCCAACCAACUUCUAAGAAGGAAUUAUCAUUUAAGGUUCCUCUGGUUCCUCUUAUACCUGCAUUAAGCAUAUUGGUAAAUAUUUACUUAAUGCUGAUGUUAGAUUCUAUGACAUGGAUACGUUUUGCCGUCUGGAUGGCGAUAGGUACUCCGAUGUAUUUACUUUGCGCUUGUUCGAACGAACCGCAUACUACUCAUACAAAAGGCACAUACUUUUCCGCCAACAUCACUAAUGGUCAGCCUACGUCACUGAACGGCUUUUCCAAUCCUUCAUUCGAAAUCGAGCAAGGCGACAGUUCAACGAUCAAAAGUCCGACGAAGAAAAAAAAGAUGGCGCCUACACCGCCCGAUCUUAAACGAGUGCAAAGCGUCGAUGUGCAACCGGACACUGUCAUAGCCCAGCUCGAUCAAGUCCUAGAGAAGGUCACUCUUAGCGAAUGGGAGGAAGAUGGUUUGAGCGACGAGACAAGUAGAAUUAGCAGUAGAAAAUUGUCCGCGGGAUCUGUGUCUAAUUUGUCUGUUGUUGUGUCCAAUCGUGAAAAUGUCAUUGCUGAUGUGCAUCAUGCCGACCUUGCUCCUAUUCCUAAUUUGAAAUCUCCAAGUGUUCAUGAUAUCCCUACUAUAGAAAAAUGUGAUUCGGAAAUAGUUGAAGUUUGUGAAGAAGUCCUACCUUUAACUAAAGCUAACGAUAAAAAUGAGCAUCAAAACUUCACGCCUUUACAAGAGUACAGUAUUGAGUUAGAACACGGUGAUGAAAAUUUACCAGUUGCUUUAAAUAAUGAUGCAACCUCAAAUAAAAUUGCUCAAAUGCAAAAUCCAAAUGAAAGUACGUUUAGUAAGUUUAAUGAAGAUGAUAGAGAUAAAAAAUCUGGUAAUCAAGACAAAAAUAAUGAAGAAAUUAAUAAAUCAAAUGAGGGAAUAUCUAAAAUAUCAAUGAAUGAAAUCCGUCAUGAUACUUUUCAAGGACAUGUCCAGGAUGUGACGAAAAUUGAAGAUAAAAUAUUAGAAGGAAGUGAUGAAAAUAAUUUUGAUAUACUUGAUCAGAAUAUUACUAAAACCGAUAAAGAAAGUAGUAUAUUAAAUGAAGAAUUUCUUAAAAUUACAGUGGAUAAAAAUAUUGAAACUGGUGGUAACCAGAAUUAUAUUGAUAUAGGAAAUAAACCGAACGACUACGAAAGUAGUAAAUCAAAUGAAUUAAUUACUAAAAAGCCUUUACAUAAAAAUCCACCUGAUAUUGACAAUGAUAAUAAUAUAAAUAGCUCUUUAGCUACUCAAUUUAUCGACAAUACCUCAAACCAUCCCCCUGCUGUUCCCAGCCAAAAACCAGAUAACGCAUCAAAUUUUAAGGUAGAAACACAAACCACUCCGAUUACUCCAACGGAAGAGGCCCUUAAAAGUGUGACGUUGCGUCACGUUAAAAGCGUUAUUAAAAAUAUUAUACCCACAUUAAAUCAAAAUGCAUCUGACAGUAAUUUGAAAGCAGGCUCAGAUCAGUACAAGUUUUUCUCCGAAAAUCUUAAUAACAAACUAAAAGUUCGUCCAAGAGUUGCAUUUUUUCCAGUAAUUCAAACACACGUAGUUACAGUACCGAAAGAAGUUAAAUUUAAACAUAAUGAAGAUGUUAUCGAAGAGCAAAUAGAUCGUGAAGGAGCUAAAGUAAAACUUCAAGAGUUUUUGAAAAAUGACAGUGCAAGAAACUUUAUGAAUGAAAGUACUAAAUAUAAUGAUAUCAAAAAUGGGUCAUCUGAAAAUGUGGAUAAUAGUUUUAUUAAAAAAUCAGAAGAAGAUCCUGAUACCGGAUUAAAAAAUAGAGAUGAAUCUGGAUUAAAUCACAAAGACGAAUCCGAAUUAAAAGACGCAGAUGAUUCUGGAUUUAUGGAACACCAAAAUAAAAUGAAAAAAGUUUUUAGUAGUAUGAAACUUAAAAAUUCAAAUAAUGAGGUUCAGACUCGUAGAUUGUCAAAAUCACUUGGUAGUAGUUUUAUUAAAGAGGAUCAUCAUGGAGCUCAUAGACAGAAGAUGGGGGACAUUUUCAAAAGCAUUCACGCCUUAAAAACUGAAGAUUAGAACACACAAAAGGAUUUUAAUGUGAUGAGAUUUGACACUGAUGAGGACGUGAUAAAUGAUAAUGGAAUCUCAUUACAUAUUCACCAAUACGAUACUCAAAAUUCACUAAAUGGAAACUGUAACCUAACUAAAUCAUUUUUAACCCUUAUAUAUUCCAAACCCUUAUUUGUACUCCAUUUGUCAUUCUAAUCGUUAUAAAUGUUUAUGUACAUAAUACUCAAUAAUUAAUGCUUUUUAUGUGCUCGAGGGUGCGGUUGCUUUAUUAUUAUAGUUUCUGUAUAAACAAACACUCUAAGAAUUUUAAGGCUUCACCAUUGUGGUAUUAGUCAAAAUUGAUACCUUGAAUCUGUAGAUUUAUUUUUGUUCUCACUAACUAUACAGGGUGAGUCUUAAAUAAGUGCAAGUAUUUUUCGACCCCAGAAACACGAUUAUGAGGUUUCUUUCGCGAAUUUUUUUUAUGAAAAUUUGGAAUUUUUUUAGUCGAAAAACAUGAUUUAAUAAUAUGGCAACAAGUAGAUUCAGUAGCAACAAGUAGAAGAUCCAGUUGUUCUCGAAAUUUAAGCAAAAAUAUUUUUUUUUGCAAAUUUUUAAAGUAAAAUAACUCAGUUAUUUCGGACUUAUUUGAAAAACGGUAAAGAGAGAAUAUGUUUCUUUUAUCGAGAUCUACAAGCCCUGAAAAUAUUUGCACUUAUUUAAGACUCACCCUGUAUUAGAAAGUAUACAAUUGGAGGUCCAAAGUUUUAAACAAAGUCUUUGUUGUUGACUUUGCUCUUAAAAAAAGUUAGAGUUAUUCUGCAUCUUAUCAAUUUUUACUAUUUUUACAUCGUUAUUGAGAUAUCCUUUCAACAUAAAAUUUUAUUUUUAUUAUAUCACAAAACUUAGUCUAGCCCAGAAAUAAUUUUAUCAUGAAAUUUUACAAUUAAAUUACAAAAA